CCACUAAUCAUAGCCUCCUCCGCAGGGAUCUACGAUAAUAAUACGAUAGAUAGUAAUACUAUUUUUACUAGUAUGCAAAUACUGUGCAGAAAGUUUCUAUUGUUUAUGGCUGCCUUCUCAUGAUCACGUGAGUGAAAACGCUCUAUAAAGUCGAUAAAGUCAACUCGACUGACAUUCCGGCGUGCAUUCUGACCCGUAAAUUUUCAGACAGUACGUCGGGACGAGUGUUCCGAAUAACUUUAUUAUCUUAUUAUUGCUAACUGUGGCAACAAGGUUAUAAAGCAACUUUUCGAAAUUUAAAUUUGAUUAUUUAAUUUUGAAUAGCAAGUAUUGAAAAGUUGUUGUAAGAAAAAAAGUAAGAUUACAAUUAAUCUAGCAUAGAAAGUGUUCACGCGGGACGUGUAUUACAUUAUUGUCUGUCCUUUGCAACCAGUGGUUGCAACCCUCAAGUACAGGCCAGGAGCAAAGAUGGAGUUUCGUUUGGUGGAACUGCAAACUUUCCUUUCAAAUAACCUGGUUCUCAUCUGCAUUGUGCUGUUCACAGUGUUUAUUUUAUGGGUAGGAAUUGCUCCAUUUUUUCUAUUCAAGAGGCUUGGCAUUCCUGGACCAACACCCUUGCCAUUCAUUGGAAACCUGCUUGACGUCAUAAAAAAGAAAGAGGAAUUUCUGCUUAACGAGGAUUACGUCAAGAAGUAUGGCCAUAUCUGUGGUUAUUACUUGGGUAUGAAUCCAAUGCUUCUGGUUUCCGAUCCUGAAAUGAUCAAACAGAUCACUGUCAAAGAGUUCAACAAGUUUGUCAAUCGUCCAUUUGCCGUUGCUGGUGGAGGCAUUCCUCCAACAAAUAAAUCAUUGCUGAGUUUACUUGAUGACGACUGGAGACGCCUUCGUACAACUAUCACACCAGUAUUCAGUGCUGCCAAGAUGAAACAGGUUGUGCCUCUCAUCAAUUCCUCUUGUUCUACCCUCGCUAAAGUCUUUGGAAAAGCAGCUGAAUCAAACUCGAGCAUUGAUGUUUUCAGAACCUAUGGCAAGUUUACAAUGGAAGUCAUAAUGAGCACGGCAUUUGGGUUCGAAUCUAACUCACAGACCAACCCAGACGAUGCGUUCACGCCAAAUGCCCAAAAAAUCUUUAUGGCCAGCGCAGUAACAAAACUAAAUGUGAUUUUCCCUUUUCUUAAGCCGCUCAUGCUGUUGUAUUUUGGUUUGGGUGGUGGGACGGGAACGGAAGCUGGCAAAUCUGUCGCGUUUGUUGUGGAAACUGCUCGACGUAUGAUCAAACGACGACAAGAGCAAGGCUCUUCUGCAAGGAAAGACCUCCUAGAACUGAUGCUUUCGGCUGAGAUGAAAGACGAACACGGGAAUAAAGUCCAGAAGUUAAGCGAGGACGAGACAAUUGCUCAGUGCUUUACAUUCAUCUUGGCUGGUUAUGAAACCACGAGCAAUGCUCUUGCCUACACUUCUUAUCUUCUUGCUUUAAACCCUGAUAAGCAGGAAAAACUGUUUGAAGAAAUCGAUAGCGUCUAUGACGGCAAGGGAGAAGUCACCUAUGAUCUUGUCCAGAACAUGGAGUACCUGGACAUGGUGAUCAACGAGUCUCUCAGGCUAUAUCCACCCGCCUUUAGGUAUGGACGCAUUUGUAACGAGGAUUGCACCAUUAAUGGAGUACGUUUCGAAAAGGGGAUGUCUGUGCUGUUUCCGGUGUAUGCCAUACAGAGGGAUCCCGAACACUGGUCUGAUCCGUUGAAGUUUGAACCCGAGAGAUUUACUGCUGAGGCCAAGGAGAAGCGUCAUCCCUUUUCGUUCCUACCAUUUGGUAUGGGACCACGUCAGUGUAUUGGAAUGAGGUUUGCUCUCGUUGAGGCUAAGAUGGCCUUGACGUAUCUUGUGAAAGAAUGCAAGCUGGAACAGUGUCCAGAAACAGAGGUUCCUCUGGACCUCAAAGCUAGCAUAACCAUGUCACCCAGAAAUGGAAUUUUCCUGAGGAUUAGAAAACGUUACUAAAAGUUUCCUGGAAUUAGUUUCGAUUGAAGUAAACCUUGCUUGAGUGACGACUACGCGCCUCUUARAGUACAUGUUUGUACUACCUGAGAUUAUUGUAGAAAUGAAUGAAUAGAGUAGCUAGACCUUUUGCGAAUAGUUCCCUUCACAGUUUCCUGCGCCAUCUUGAAAGAUCGCCGUGCCUUUGCAUCGGAGCGAGACGAACGGUGAGCUUGCAAUGAUAGAGACAUAGGAAUAAUUGCACAGGGGGCAGAGGGGGGCCACUUAUCUUUCAUUGUUUACGAAAUUGUUUUGUCGCUCCGCCAUCUUGUUUUAUAUUAUUUACCGCUGUACAUAAUAUGAAUAAACUUGAGCCCGUCAGAUACCGCGCGCGCUGUGCCUUAUUAGCUUAUUACAGUGGAUUGCUUGAAAAAAUUGAUAGAUUUACCCCACUGGAUUUACGCACAGCGCGCAAUCAUCCACUGUGUAAUAAGCUAAGGCACAGCACAGCGCGUAAACAAUGAAAGAUAAGUGGCCCCCCUCUGCCCCCUGUGUAAUUGUCCAAGGUUUUAAAAAUAGGUCUCUAUCUUUACAAGCUCCCCGUUCGUCUCGCGUCGAUGCAAAGGCACGACUACCUUUCAAGAUGACGCAGGGAACUGUAAAACGGACUAAUUUAUGCUUGAGUGACCACGAAUCAAUGAUCCCAUUUUGAAGUUGGACUUGGUAAAAUACUCUAGAUGUAUAAACACAUCGAGUCACACGACUUGAAGCCAUUCCGAGGUUGAUGGAAAAACUUGGUUGAGGUGGUAUCGCAGUGCAUUGCGGGACUGUAACGUUUUAGGGGAGUAACAAUCUCGUACCCAGAGCCUGCGUUUCUUCUGGCCUGCUGUGAAUAACGAGGGCUCUGGCAUAAUCCAUUUUUUAACUCAUGCGCAGUUUUCCGGAAGUGUAUGUAAUCAAUGAAAAUCAUCCUUUCAAACAGAGUUCUGUGUUUAUUUCUGAUCAAAAUAAAAAUUAUUUUUUAUAAAAAAUUUUUCCAAAAAACGGAUUAUACCAGGUAUAAGGGCCCUCGUUCUUCGCCGCGGGCAAGAAGAAACGCAUGCUCUGGGUACGAGAUUGGGGAAGGAAAUACACGCCAUCUUGGAAACAUUUUCCCUAAGACAACACCCCUAAAAUGUACUGCAAAUGCCAAACCAAGCUUUCUUUUCCUUUUUAAUUUUUUUCUGGUUAUACGUCUAGAAGGGUGGCAUAACCAUGGGACCCAGAAAUGGAGUUUUCCUGAGAAUUAGAAAACGUAACUAAUAUUUCCUUUUCUCAUUCGGUGAAUACCGCUGUCUCGCUUAUGAUAAGAGCAAAUCACUUGUAAAAAUCAAAUGUAUUCUAAAGAAUGUGCAGCUUGAACAACACCAAUGUUUUAAACUCUUAAGGACUUCAAAUGGUAUUUGUGAAUAGAGUAGACGUUUUCCAAAUUUGCUUAAGUGACCACGAAAUGCUGGUAGAUCCAAUUCGUAGUUGGACUUGAAAAAAUACUCUAAUUGCAUGAACACAAGUCUAAUUUCGACGGCCAGCCAUUGUUUCGUGGUAAUGACAUAGUACACCUUUUGCUGUUCAUUACAUAAAAAAGAUUAAUUCACAAUCAUUUAAAUGAAGAGAAAAUAAAUUAGCGAUCAUUUAGAGAAUCUGAAUCAAGAGGUAUAUUUGUUAAAGUGCCUCUCACCCUUCUAACAAUAUUCACAGUAUUGAUUCUACAUGGUGUACGAGAUGUCGAGUAAGCCGAAAAAUGUUUAUAGAUUGAGUGAGGCUUCUUGAAGUUAUAAAGGGUUUUCCAUGCUAUAUCCACUCAAACUAUGAAAGGUUUUACGUAGAAUCAAUACUGUAAAUAAUGUCAGAAGGGUGAUAGGUACACCAACGGACUUCUAGGUACAUAUAAGAUAUAUUUUUAAUUGCAUGCACCGUUAAACACUGUGUGCACUUUUGUUAUGAUAGAAAGAGAGGCAAUUCAAGGCUAUUAUUGUUACUGUUAUGGUAUUGAGUUUCCAUUAAAAUAUAGGUCAGAAUGUUA